ACACACACACACUCAGUAUUUAAGGCAUGUCAGUUCCUGUCUUUUGCGAAGGUUGUGUUUGUUGCUGUAAUCUCUGGAAAAUGAUCCUGCUUGUUAUUUCCCACCGCCUGCCAGUCGAGUGAGUGGGCAGAACAACCUGAAGGUCUGUCGCUACAGCAACAGGCUGAACAGACUAAAGCCACGAGCAGGAGGAAGAAGAAAAGACCUACUGCAGAGGAAAACAACCAAACAUGAGGGGAUCUGGCUGGAGAGGGUAAGAGGAGAUGUAAAGAGAUCAAACCGGCAGAAGAAAAAGAAGAAGGAGAAGGGGGAGGAAAAGAAACCUAGGAAGUGGCAGGUAGGAACAGGAAGCUGGAAGAGAUCACAUGAUUUAAACUCCUUGCUGUGGCACAUGCAGCUGCAUCAGUGUGGGUUUCUGAGGAUUUCUGGGAUUCUUUCCAUUUGAAUGAUGUGUUUGGCUGAGUGGAGGCUGAGAAAAACUGCUAACUUAGUUCCAUGAGAGGUCAAAGCUCAUAGACUGUCCACUUAAAGCAGACAACAAAGCUGUUUCUGUUUGUGUGUAAGAUAAGAAGAACUUCAUUGAUGCCUGAAGGGAAAUUCAAUUUACUCUUAAAAGUCCCACUCCAAUGAAAAUCAUGUUUUUCUUGUUGAUUACAUGUUUUUUUCCGAUGCUACAGGACACAUCAGACAGAAAACUAAGUGCGAAAUUGCAUUUCUGAGUAUUUCUGCAUUCAAAUCGCUGUGAAUCACAAUUCAGAGGUGAUGCUAAUGAGCUACAGGAGCUCUGCAGAAGAAAAGCCCUUGCCCUUGAAAAUGACACAGGUAAUGCUAUUUUGGCUAAAAACUUCAUAAUCACAAUUUAAAGACCAGUAAAAAUAAAACAAUGGGAGUGUGACUUUUAAGGUCCAAAAAACUGAAGCUGUUUUCACCUAGUGAGGGCUAAGUGGGAGCUUUUAGCAUACAUUUUUGUUUAAAAAAAAAAAGAGAAACCAUGUGUUUGAUAAUUUCAAUGUUAAAAUUUGGAACAAAAACCAACUGACUUUGCAGUAGUGAGUUAAAGUAUGUCUCUAUAAAGAGGAGUGAACAGGGUACCAGCAGAUAUUGUCUUAAGACACGCUAUGAAAAGAGCCUGUGUAAACUUUCCUCUUCAUGAAAUGAACAUUACCAACAUCAAGAUGGGAUCAGGCUGAACCCCAUCCUGUAAGAUCAGACCCAUUCCCAUCUCAUCUUCAACCCUUCAACCACAUAAGCGAAACACUUUUACAGAGUUACAGUGGAGAGACAGAACUUCCUUUCACAGGGGUAUUAGCAUCUCUGCAGAAUGUUUUCUGUUUCCAGACUUACGCUCUUGACUGACACCUGAUCAUAUGCUUUUUUUUUUUUUUUUUUUUUUUGUUCAAUAAGAACAAGUAUGCAGAAAACAGGAUGCUGUGGGUCUUACAGAUUUUUCUGUUAAGUUCUGUUGUUGCAGUGUUUAUGUUUAGGUUAUAUACAAUUUGUGCAUUGGUAGCCUGAUGUCACCAACCCAUCAGCCAGCCUACACUGCUACGAUGUUUAAAAAUUAACCAAUGACAUCAGAUAUCCCAGAGCAAUCAUAGCUGAUAAAUAGGGGAGACUGAAUAAGAUAUUGAUCCUGGAGCGCCACUCCAGCCUUUUCCUGAGCAACCAAGAUGGCAGCUUUGAACACAGAGAAUCUCUUUUUUAAUGCAUACUGCUACCUGUUUACAUUUUCUAAUGCUUUAUUCUACAUCACACACUGUAAUGUCUAGCAGUUGGCCUGUCCAGUUGCUGCAGAGGAAUCAUUGAUUUUGACCCUGCAAACAAGAAAUGAACCACAGACCCCUUUAACAAGAUGAAUUGGUCCAGAUAUGUGCUGAGUUAAAUUUCCUUUUUUCCCAGCAUCAUUGUCCACCCCAACUCACUUGAGGCCUGGAGAUCAACAGAGAAUGCUGGACACAACUCAGCUUGCUUUGGUUCCUUUUGUUGGUUUUGAUGCGGGAGCAGUAGCAGUAAGGAAUAAAUCAAAGUAUCAGGCUGUCAUUAAAUAGGUACAGAAUCAAUUGCCUCAUUAAUUUUAAAGAUAAAAGAUAAAUCCUAAAAAGUGUAAGACCUUAAACCACCAAUGCCACUAUAGUAAUAUUCAACACUACAUUUUAAAUGCACAGGCUUAAAUGAUCAAUAAAUACAAUCAGUUUAAUCUCUCAGUCACUAAUCAGUUAUUUUAUUUGUCAAGGUGAUUCAAUGGAAGUUUCCUCACCAAUCGUGUCUCUGAGGUCUCCACGCAGUGAUGCCACCAAACACUCUGUCUGUGUGACAAAAGGGCAACACACCUGUUUCUGAGCCUACUUUUUGCCUCAUCCCUACCAUUCCCAUCUCCACCUGCCUUUAGGUGCCUGACCUAAUGUCAUCCUCUAGUGGCAAAGACAUAAAAUACUGCUUCAUACAUUUAAACAAUUACAUGAUUGCUCUUCAGAUUGCUUUAACAAUAUGCAAGGCUGGUGCAUUGAGCCUGCAUUUUGCAACACUUACAUUUCUGUUGCUUGAAUACAUUUUUAUGCUCUUUUGUAGUGUCAGUUGUCAACUACAUUCAGUUGUCAAAGAAAGCCAAAGUUUCGUUGUUCUUAUAGGAUUGGUUAGUGUAAGCAUAUCUAUAAGUAUGGCUGCAAACAUGAAGAUUUUUUUACUGUCUCCUAGUCUGUGAAAAAUUAGUUUAUUAUACAGUCUGCUGAUCUGUGGGGUAAAUAUUUGUGACAUCAGCUGCUGUUACUUUAUCUGUCGUCUUUUAGUUUCAGGACAAUCACAUUUCUUCUGAUGAGCAUGGUAUUCCUUGUGAAUCUUGGGUGUAGUGUUGCCUCCAGUCACAUCAUCCUUCAUGUACAGUUGAAAAGUGAACUCUGUGAAAGUCGCAGAAACUUUUUGGGCUUCGACCCUGAGGAAGAACUGUACUCUCUGACUUGUCUGUAAAUGCAACUCUUUUUCUUAAAGUUCCAGCAUAUCCUGCAAAAACAUGCAGCUCAUGAGUUCAUGCCUUUGUUUUGUGUCACUGAGACAAAAUGCAGACAAAAAGGGUGUUGGUUAGUGAGUCCUUGACCCCCUCUGUACAAACUGACUCAUUGAUUGAUGUCUGACAUAAGUUUUAGUGAGGGCAACAGCUAUACUUCUCUGCACAAAGAAGGACACUCUCUGUUUCAAAACCUUUAUGUGAACACCUUUUAUUUCUAGUACAAAAAUAACAGCUGUGUAGCUGUUAACUUUAACUUAUCAAUUACAUAUCAGCAAUUUCAAUUCUUAUUUGCUGGUAUUCGGGUCAAAACAUGAAGAAAAUGGUGAAAAUCAAGCACAGUUUGUAAACUUCUGGCAGUAGCACAUGUCUGUAGUAGUUACAGAUCACUCUGGUCAAGUGGUUGUCUGUUUCCCAUCCACAGCCAAUCAAAAUCUUGUUUCGAUUUUGUCAAUCAAAAUAUUGACAAACUAACUAUGCAACAAGAUGCCAUCACCUGUGCUUGUUUACAUCCAGGUAGUAAAGCAUAAAUGCAUUGUGGUGGUAGACACUAAACUGAAGCUACAGCCCCAGCUAUAGCAGCAGGUGUCUGCUUAGGAGCAGCUUAGACAAAACAUACAGUAUAUCUACUUAAAGACAACACCCACCAAUGACAAACUCUAAACCAUCAGCUUUACUUAGCACAAGCAUGUGCAAUGAGAAAGAAAAGAUGAAGGGAUGAAAAAAAGUGAGACAUACUAAGGGAGAAAAUGGUAUGGGGGGAAGAAGAAGACAAGAAGAAGAAGAAGAAGAAGAAGAAGAAGAAGAAGAAGAGCAGCUGCUUGGCUCUGACUCUGAAUGAGUCAGUUAGAACAGCUGAGAGCCCUGAGAAGAAGUGAAUAAAGUCUGGGAAAUACAGCGUCUGCCUGUACACACACACACACACACGAAUACACACACACACACACAUCUCUGCUGGCCAACAGCCAAAACCACAGCACCGAGGGUCUACUACAGUCACAGAUGAACACAGAUGAAUCUGCAGUAACUCUGCUGACAAAGGCAAACUGUUCUCUAACUCCUGUGGUCAUUUGUGCUGCAGAACAAAAAAGAAAACAAGAAAAAGGAUAAACUAAGAACAUUUAGGCAACACUACCGUUGAAAGCCCAGCCUUUGAACAAGAAAUAGUGCCCGUAUGUGGUUCAGUUCCUAUUUUAUACCCUGAUCCAGAAUAGUCUGUCUGAGCAGGGCAUGACAGCUGUGGGAAUAAACCAGUUUCAUUAGUUUAAAAGAGACUAACUAACUGACUGUUGUAGUUUCAUGUAGGAAUGCAGCAGUAAAAAAAGGAAGAAUACAUCAGACUCAGGAUUAUGAACUCCAACUGGACUCUUUACUGUAUAUUGUCUUCUUUAUACAACAGCAGUGCUCAGAACAAUACAAGCUCACAGUUACCCCUAGCGCUGUGGAGCAUCAACUGAACUUGAAUACAAAACAAGCAGUAGAUUAGUGCCAACAUCUCCAUAUUGCAUAUUAAUAACAACAGUUUUUUUCUGUAAACACAUUCAUAUCAAUAACCAAACAACAGUGUUUCUAACUCUUCUUAAGUGCCUGUUCCUUCUCUGCAACUCAGUAAUGCAAGUUAAAUUUUAGUUAACUUAUUUUCCACUCAUAUGUAUACAGGUCUCUAAGCAAUAAUAAACCAAGGUAGCUUCAACUUAUAAUUCACUGUGUCAACAAUUUUCACACAAUAUUCAUAAUCGUUCAGCCAAGCAGGCUUUUUUCUGACCCUGGUGGGUCUGCGUGUAUCAUCCAGUGGUUUUGUGGGCUCUCGCACAGAGGCUGGAUCAGCAGGUUUGCCUGUAAUGAUGUCCUCUGCACUCUCUGGGACCAGAGAAAGGUGAGACGCGUUUCAUGUACGUCCAUCCUCCAGUACAAAGGAACCUGCACCAGCUCUUUCCAUCACCCUGGCAGGUGCAUAGAACUUUGACAGUCCUUUUUUAACGUGGAAAGGUUUUCUUACUCUGACCAGGCUUCCCUCUUUGAUCUUUGGCACUUGUGCACCUCUUUUAGCAUCUGUAUAGGCUUUUGAUGAUUUCUGCAAGCAGGUGACACAAUCACGGAGCUGCUCUUCAAGCAGUGGUGUGAAUUUGCUUGCUGGACCAAUGUCCUCUUUUGUUCGGAUCUUCCUGUUGAACAUGAGCUCAUGGGGUGACUCACCUGUGUUGUUGUGUGGGGUUGCACGGUAUGUGAGCAGGAACUCCUGUAUGAAGGGUUUCCAUGGUUUCCCCUCUUGCUCAGCUGUGAGGAGUGUUUCUUUAAGAACACGGUUCCAGAGCUUUUUGGCUCCAUUUGCUUGAGGAUAGUACAGAGACACUUUUCUGUCUUUAAUGUCUCUCACUGCAAGGAACUCUACAAACUUACUUGAGGUGAAUUGUGUCCCAUUGUCACUGUUGAGCUCUGUAGGGUUGCCAAACCUGGAGAACACUGUAGACAGGAAAGUGGUGAUUGCCAUGGUUGUGAUAGAAUGAGUGAAGGCGACCUCUGGCCACUUGGUGUAGUAGUCGAUCAGUGUCACUGCAUAUUGGCAGUCCCAGGUUGCAGACUCAAAUGGCCCCACGAUGUCGACUCCCACUUUCUGCCAUGGGCCAUCAGGCAGUGGAACCGGCUGAAGUGGUGUAGCCUGUGUCUUGGCACUUUUAUCAUUCAUCUGGCACAUCACGCAUGUUUUGAUGCUGUCCUGCACACACAUGUCCAUACUUGGCCACCAGUAUAAGUCCGCAGCCUCUGCUUAGUGUGGACGACCCCCUGUUGGGUUUCAUGUGACAGGUUAAUCAGCUGUUUUCUUAGGGCCACGGGGAACCAGUCGUCGCUGAGUGAGGACUCCUGUAAACUACCACAUCUUGGACUGAGAGUUCAUCUCUGAUAGCGAAGUAAGGCUGCAGCACUGCAGGUAGGGACUUGGUUGUUUUCAGCCAUCCUUUUUACAUCUGUGCCCUCAGAGCUGUGAGUUCUGGACAGCCUCACAUGCCACAGUGAAGUCCUUCACUGAGAGGGCUUUCAGUUCCACAUCCAGCAAAGCGACAAGCUCAGGCUCCACCACUGGCUCUGCAUUCUCUGCUGAUGGGAGAGGUAAUCUGGAGGGACGGUCAGCAGCAAAAUUUUGUGCACCAGCACGAUACACCACAUCAUAUGUGAAACAUAGCAACCUGGCUGACCACCUUGCAAUGCACAUUCCAGCAUGUCCAAGUCCUUUUGUAGCUACUAGUGUGGUCAGGGCCUGGUGAUCUAUCUGCAGCGUGAAUCUUGUUCCCCACAGGAAAGUCCUCCAUUUCUCUGUGGCCCACACACAGGCCAGAGCCUCCCAGAGCUGUAUUUCCGUUCUGCCGGUAUGAGUGAACGUGAAGCAAAUGCGACUGUAUGCUCUGUGUUGUCCGGAUGCACUUGUGUCAAUAUGGCUCCCAGACCAUAAUCCGAAGCAUCAGUGGAAACUAUGGUUGGAAGACUGGGGUCAAAAACUGCCAGCGCCGGACUGUUGACGAUGCAAGACUUUACUCUAUCAAAACUCUCUCGUGCAGCUGCAGUCCACUUAAAGGUGCCAUCACGCAGGCAGUCUCUCAUGGGCUCCACCAGAGAUGCAUACUUUUGCACAAACUUUGCGUACCAUGCUGUGAGACCCAGGAAUGAACGGAGUGUAGUGGCGUCGCUCAGAGCUGGAGCUUCUGUGAUGGCCUUGAGGUGAUCCUCAUUUUGCUGCAAACCUUGGGCUGAAACGACAUGUCAAAGGAACUGCAGGCUUUUCUGGUUCAAGUGACGUUUUCCAGUGUUGAGCUGGAGGCCAGCUUCUUUGAGUGCAGCUAGCACUGCCUGGAGGUUGCGGUCAUGUUCCUGCUGGUCCCUGCCGUAGACUAUGAUGUCAUCCAGGUAAUUCUGGACCCCCUUGAGAUCUUUCAGGACCAGGGACUUCAGCUUUGAGAAAGCACUUGGGGCUGAACACAGUCCAUAUGGUACUCUAUGGAACCUGAACAGUCCUUGCGUUACUGUUCAGGUUCGUUGCGUUAUGAAUGCAGUUAUGUAACAGCUUUCCUCUGCCAGUGCAUCUGAUGAUGCAUUCGCCAAGUCCAUGGUAGAGAAAACAGUGGCUCUGCGCAUUUCAAUGAAGAUAUUAUCCAUAUGAGGAAGUGGGUGACUGUCCAUUACAACUGCCUUGUUUGGCUCACAAUAGUCCACACACAUCCUCACGUGACCAUUUUUUCUCUGUGUAACUACUAUAGGUGAAACCCAUGGGGGAAGCAUCCAUCCUCUCGAUUACAUUCAUUUCCAGGAGCCUCUCAAUUUCAGCUGAAACAGCUUUUCUGACAGAGACUGGGAGCCUUCGCAGUUUUUGUUGGACAGGCUGGAUACCCUCUCUGAUUUUGACUCUGUGGAUGAGCCUUUUGCAAGACCCAGCUUCUCCUCAGUCACUGACUGGACUGACUCUGCUCCUGGAACUGCAGGUGAGUUGGCAGAUGGGGAGGUUGCAAGGGAGAGCACAGUAUUUUGUUGAAUGGAAAGUUUCAGUGCUCUGAAUAAAUCCAAUCCCGUCAAAGCUGUGCCUGUCCUCACAACAUAGAGUGUAGCUGGAACUGUAGCAUCUUCAUGCUGCACUGUAGCUGAUAUGCAGCCUAGCACUGGCACCUUGGACUUUGUGUAUGUGACUAGUUUUGAAGGUGGCUCAGACAGUGGUACAUCAUUAAGGUGCUCUCUGUACAGGUGCUCAGGAAAAAUGGAUACAGCAGAGCCUGUAUCCACCACUAGCUCAGCAGGGCAAGAAGAUGUAUUUGCGUUUAUCAUCACUGUGCAUAAAAUCUUGUGGUCUAACUGACAAUCCUGCAGCAUCAGCACUGUGACAACUUCUCCAACUUUAGUAGUAGGCUUGGACUUAGACUUACAUACACGGGCGAAGUGUCUAGAGCAUGACACAGGAGCGGAUUUUCACUCCUGUCCCGUCCCACUCCCAGAGAAAAAAUCCUGUCCCGUCCCAAUCCCGGACUGGAUUAAAAAAAUUAAUCCCAUCCUGUCCCACUCCCGUAGAAUGACUCCCAAACCGCUGCCACUCAAAAUAACUCCCACUCCUGUCCCGCUCCAGUUUGAAUAAAACCAAACAUGUUGAAAAAACGUCAUUGUAGGUAAAAGUGCAGUGCAUAUAAAAGGCAUUGCCUUUAAGUUUCACAUGCCUGACAUUUGGUCGGUGUAAACUAAGUGCAUAUAUAUACAAUGGCGUUUCUAGCCAAAAUACUCCCCAGGCGAGGGGACUAAAAAUUAAACCUGACCUGUCUUGCCUUCCUUGAUGCAAAAUCAUCAAUAAUCUCGUCAAAAGAAAUCUGCUCCCCUAUUAACCCAUUAAGACCUGAACCCUGUCUGAGACAUGCCUCUGAAAUCCUGAGGGCCAUUUUAAGAAGGGCCCCCAGAUCCUGAGGUUUUCUUAACUGUUGAGGUUUACAAAAAAGCUGAUAUCUCAGCCUCUGUCACAGAUGGAAACAGAAUUCAAAAAGCAUUUGAGAACUUACAGGUGUGGCUUUUUAAGAAAGCUAUUUAUUAUUUUUCAGAACCUUCAUCACAUUAUUGAAAACCUUGAACAAACAAACUUAAAUGAAAUAAAGCGGCUGAAUAAAUAAAAGUAAAGAAUCUGCACUGGAGAAUAACGAACUAUUUGCUUUCUGUAAAACAAGUGGCAGUCAUGAUAAAGUGUCCAUUCAACACAAAUGUAAAUAUAAAAAAUAAAGUGUUGAAAGGGUAUGCAGCUGCCCUAGUAUAAUGCUAGUACAAGACCAGCACUUAAAACUAGAAAAAUUAAUAAAUAAAUAAGUGUCUGACAGUGUGUUUAUGUCUGUGCUCACCCAAAGUCAUGCAACAGGUUGUUCACACUGCUGGAUGUUUCUCCUCCAAAGCUGCUCUCUGCCUCCGUUGUUGAUUACUUGAUCAUCUAUUAAUGUUGUUCCCACUCCUGUUGCUUUUUUUCCCGUCCCGGCCCGAUCACGGGAUUAAUUAAAAAAUGACUCCCAUCCCAUGGGAUUCCCGCAGGAAUCACGUGACCCACAGGAAUUCCCAAAAAAUGUCAUCCUCUAGAAGUAUCCUGUCUUGUUCCAGUUUUGCCAGGUCACUUUCGUGUGGGACAAUGCGGAGCAUCAGCCAGGUGCGUUGAUGAGCUGCUCCUAAAACAGCACCGGUCCUGUUUUGAUGCUGCUGUAGCCUCAGUGUGGUUGUAGCUCUGUUUUGUGCUUGAACUGGCGUUUUGUUUUCGCCUUCACGACCUGCACAGGAGCUUGAGGCUCCACUGCAAGCGUCUGUACGUGCCCAAUCACCGCCUCCACCUGACAUGCCAUUUUGACUGCUACGUCCACUGCGAGGUUUCCCUCCGUCUGCACCAGUAGCUUCUUACAUAUCCGAGGGCAACUCGCAUGUUCAAUAAAUUGGUCUCAUAUCAUCUCAUCGCUAUUUCUACCAAACUUACAUGUUGCUGCCAGCUCUCGCAGGGCUCCGACGUACUCAGCAACUGUCUCAUGUGGUCUCUGUACUCGUCUGAAUUUAUGUCUUUCCACAACAACGUUUAUCACUGGCCCGAAGUGCGCAUACAACGCAUUCACUGCCGCCUCAUAUGUUGUACCCCAUGUCGUGAGCGUGUAGAAGAUACGCUGUCCUUCUGCGCCCAAACAGCGCAAAAGCAGAGCAAGUUUCCUUUUAUCGGGCCAGUUGUCCCCCUCCGCGUGUAUAGCCAGCAGGAAGUUUGCGAACAUUUUCAUGCACAUGUCGAACGGGACUGUAGGCAAAAACACUGUGGGAAAAGGCACAACAUUCGCCAUCCUCGUCCAACUCCAACUUGACUCUUUACUGUAUAUUGUCUUCUUUAUACAACAGAAGUGCUCAGAACAGUACAAGCUCACAGAGACCCCUAGCGCUGUGGAGCAUCAACUGAAUUCACAACACUAACUAGCUAACUAACUAACUAACUAACUAACUAACUGUAGUGAUUCACUUUAGACAUCAAACCAUUUAGAAAGGGUUUCUCUUUCUGUGCAUAGUCCAUAACAAGACCUCAGCAUUAAUCUCAGACAGCAGAAAACCUUUCCUGGGAGCUUUAAAAAGUGAGUUUUCAUUAAAUUGUGAAGUAUAUUGCAGUAGCCAACAAACUUAACAAUGUGCACCCACCUGAUCAAGCUUUGAUGGAGAUCUGCUGCUAGUUCUGAAUCAAUGCAGUCAUUUUGCACUACAGUAUAGUAUAUAGUAUAUGCUAUAGUCUUAAACAAAUGCAAUGAUAGAAAGUCAAACAACAGGUCACAGAAAGACAACCUCAUUUACAGAAAACACACUGAGCAUACAUCAACAGUUCAAAUCUAAUAAUAUAAAAAUGCUCUAGGUUGGUGGGGGCUCCUCUCCUUGUUUAAUUUUUUGCCCCCAAGUGAUCAGCCAUGAACCAGCCAUGAAGUCUGAAGUUUUAUACUCUUCAAAUCAACUCAGAGUAGUAUUCAUUUUGACAGAUUUGUCGUCAAGUCUUUGGAUGUAAAAACCUUUAAAUUGAAGUCACAUGUUAGCCUCUUUUAGCCCUUUUCAGAUGGGUUUGAGUCUUCACACAAAGAAGAGAAAUAGAGAGGAUUGUUUGAGGAAAUGAGCUCUCUUUGGCCACCAGAGUUGUCUUUAUUUUGCUAGACCUCAAAUGAGAGUGCAGUUAUCAACUGUGAAACAUUGUACCCUCCAACAUGUUCCCAAAACAACAAUAACAAGACUUUGACAAAGAGCUAUUAACAAACAGUUGUAAACACAACAAAAAUAAACAAUUGAACUGACUAACCCAAGCAGCAGAUGGUGGACAAAUGUGUGUAGCUAACCACAUAGAUUAAUUGUGAUUGGAUCAUUACCAAGCACAUCCUGCCUUUCAACAUAUCUAUUAUGGUUUUGAUUGGGUUUUGUCUCUGCUGAACAUUUUCGUCUCAUUCUUAUAUAUUGAACAAAGUGCCAGUACAUUAGAAGUUAGCCAAGAAGACUUUUUUUUUUUUAUUUCAGCUUGCAAAUGUUGAACUCACAGUCAUCUCACAGUAAGGACUAACUUCACACCCCAACCAGCCUGAGGAGAAAUUGAGGCAUUCACACCAACCUGUGAAAAUAAACACAAGCAGACUUCCUGUCUGUUAGCAGAUGAUCAGAAAUGUCCAACAUCAGAGGGCGACAGGUCAGAUUUACUGUCAGCUGAUCAGGUUUCACGUGUGUGGGCGUGUGUGUGUGUGUUUGAUCCUUAAAAGCUCCGAUGCAAAGUGAGUUCACUGAGAGACAAAGAUUUGAGCUGAGAUCUGCAAGAUGGUCUCAGAUAAUGUGAAUAUACAAUUUUAGUUUUUUAACAUAAUCAAUAUUUAAGCUCCAUCUGAAUGAAUCUAUAAAUAUGUCUGUCUGCUGCUUGAUGUAUAGACAGAAGGUGAAAGUGACUCUCCUUUUAUCUCAAAGUAUGACGCAUGAAUAGAACUAAAGAUUUACACCGGGUUGAUUGUACUGCUAGAAAGGUCUGUGGGACUGCAGGCUUUUAUUUUGAAAGGGAUGUGUAAGGGAGGUGCUGUGAUAAACUAAACCAGUAAAAGGGUCAAAAUGGGCUGAAAGUCAUUCUAUACAUCUAUACUGCAGUUAGCUGACAGACAUCACAUCUUCAGACUGAUGGUAUCUAAAUAAACACUAUAAACAUGUUCAUAUCAACGUCUUUAUUAUGUGAAGAUCCUAUCAUUUUUACACCAAAUCUUUACAUUACCAUAUUCAUCAAAUCAUUCAUUCAAAUUAGCUCUAAAACUGAAGGAAACCCGGACUUUAGUUUGAGUUCAGAAUGUGCCGUGGACACAUGCAGGCUGUGGGCUAACAGCUGAUCCUUGGUCCGCUUAGAUGUGUGUCCCUGUCAUUUGGUUCAGACCUUUGAUUGGCUGCAGACAUCUCCUUGUCAUCUUCCAGGAGCCUCUGUGUGUUUAUCCCCAGCUGACAAACUGUCUCCAGGUCAGAGAACCUCACGUCUCUUUCUUCUGUUUCAGCUCGUCCCUGCCAACAUGUCCUCAGCCAGAGCUGCAGCCGUCCUGCUGCUGAGCUGCUUCCUCCUCCUUGUCCUCAACACUCCGCCUUCCACUGGUGAAGGUAAGGUUAUCUUGUCCCAUCUGACAAAACAGCAAACUACAAACUGGUGGUGAUUUUUAUUUAAAACCAGUAAUAUAACCAGCUGCUUGUGGUCAAUACUGAUAAGAUUACUGAUAUUUAUUGACACUUUUUUUUAAACAUGCAGCUUGUGUACAGCUGAGGGUGAGAGCAGUUCAGAUUUAAAUAUGAAAUCAUAUCAUGUCAAAGUCUUCAUUCAGACAGUGGGCUGUCAAACUGACUAUGAACACCCGAUUAAGGUCAGAACUGUCCACAUGUUCAUGGUUCAUGAGUGCCAGUAAGGUUGUUGAGUUUUAAGAUCACAUCCUACAGAGCAGGCAGAGAUACAGAGGAGCUGCAGCUCAGGACACUGAUCCAAAUACAUCAUUAGCUGCUAAAAUCUUGGGUCUCUUUACACAGAUUUCUCUGUCAUUGCUUUAACUUUUGGGCUGUCUCUGUUGAAUCAGACAGUAUAAAGAGCACUCACUGUUUUACUGAUGCUUAAAAGAUUGUUAACCCUAACCUUUUUCCUCUUCUCUGAACACUUACAACAUGUUAUGCAAGUUACAACCAUGCUAUACCUAAGAACAAUGAUAAAGAUGACCCGGGGCCAGGGGUGACAGUCCAGAGUCAGCAGGAUAACCCCGGUAUAGGGUGAACUUGGUAUGACACCGGGAUGAUGGCUAAAUAUUUUUCUUACCCUGCAGGCCCCUGAUCUCAAAGCUCAGAGCUGGUUGUCAAAAUGUAGGAGGGAUCCUAUUCUGUCUUCUGUCGGCUUCAGAUGACAAAUCCCUCCCCCUUCUCCCCCUCUCAAGAGAGGAGCCGCCAGCAGAACAGGCUAUAAAAUAAUCACAUUUCUAUGAUUUACUAUCGACAUGCUUUGUCAGAGGAUGGUUCUAAAUUUUACUGGGGAUCAAAAGUCACUGCUGUGUGUGUAGAAGCUUGAAGUAACAUGAACCUGAUAAAGAAGUCACAGUGUGAGGAGUCUGAUAGACUUCAUAUGAUAUCCAUAUAUUACUGAACCAAUUAUUCUGUUGCAGCAGGCAGCCAUUUAUCAAAAUUUGUAUGAUAUAAAAAUGAAUCCACUUCUCCACCAAACAGGUAAUUGAUGUUUGUGUAAAAGACAGUUAUUGAAUUAACACAGCUGAAACUGCAUUAAACUGAAUAUCCAGUAAAUAGUCACACAUGAUGAAGUUAACAAGAUAUUUAAUUUGUCCCCCUUUCUCUGUUCCUCCUUUUUCACGCGCAGCUUGACCCGGACAUGUCUCUGUGUCCUCUUCCUGUCCUGAUGCUGCUGCGGCAAGGCUGAACAGAUGAUUUAUUUCAGUGAUCAGAUGAGUUAUUUACUUCAAAUAUUUGAACAAAAAUAAAAGAAACUUCCAUUUAAAAUUACCCAUUUAUCUGAUGUUCUCACAUCCUUAAAAUUCUGUGAAUAUUCAAUCUGGAGCUAGGCCCACAUACGAAUAUUAUUGCCAAGUUCAUUUUUUUAUGCCAACAUCAAUGAAAGAAAGAGCCAGGCCACGGAGCGCGAUGUGACUCUUGCGCACAGGUUGUUCCAAUUUAAUGCCAUUAUUGGCAUGUGUUGAAGUUGUGAUCUGUGCGCACAACCCACCUUUGUCAUGUGGGGCUUAAAUAUAAGCAACUUGAUGUGAUUAUCUUUAUUUGUCGAAAAGGGUGUUUGUCUUACCAGUGGGUCCAACCUUACACACACUAAAUCCCUCUGUGCUUAUUUGAGAGAGUGUGACGUCUAGUCUAAAUUUGGUAUAACAGAGGUUUAGAUAUGAAAGUUUUACAACGUCAAAGUUUACACGUUUUUUUCAACGUCGAAAUUUAUACGCUUUUUCAAUGUCGAAAUUUAUACGUUGUUUAAAUGUUUUGAUUUCUAUGUUGUUUAAAUGUGUUUGUUCAUACAUUGUUCCAUCUAUAACGUUGAAAUGACGUCCAAUAGACGUUUUCAUUUAAAUGUCUUUAUGUUAGACGUUCAUGCUUCUACCAAAUAUAAACCCAGGUAUAGACAUAGACGUUAAUUAAACGUUUAUUAGACAUCUGGUCUAAAUCCGCCAACCCGGCGAGCCUCCCCGCGCGGACCGUCCCAGCAGCGGUAGCCGCUGGAUUCCGCGGGUCCCCGGUCAGCCUACGGCACUGACCGAACAUGUCUAUUAAACUUUCAUUUCUAUACCACUGUUAAACCAUUUUUAGACUACAGGUCCAACGGACGUCUAAAGUCACAAUCAUUUCUUGUAAAUAUUUUAAUAAGUUUACUAAAUAUCAACAAUGCAUAUUACCAUAAGCAUCUGAUAUAUGUAAAUUGAUGAAAGUAUUCACAGGAAACACCAUCUGUUGAGCCAGAUUCUCUACACCAAAAGUUACCUGCUGCUUACCUUGAUACACGUACUCCCAGGAUGUUCUAUUUCGGCAAUGUUGCUUCUCUUUCUGGACCUUUCAGAAUAUUUAGCUUCUACAGUCAUGCUCAUUCAUAAUUUAACACUGAUCUACAUUUGGCAACCAUCAGUCCACUGUAAUUGAAAUCACAGUACAUUUUUCACUCAGAAUAUAACCAUUACAGUCAUGGAGUGGGAAAAACAAUUUUUUAAUCUCACAUCCAGUAAAACGAACAUUUAAAAAAGAAAAAAAUCUAUACAUCUAUAUACAAACAUAGCCACAAAGUAUAAAGAACAAGAACAACAACAUAAAGAAAAAUUUAACUAAUACUAAUACCACAGUACAUAAACAGAGAACACAAAAGUACUGAAAUGAACUAUAAAUAUUAACAAUUUUAAGAUAUAUAUAUUUUUUUAAAUUAGCAGGGUGGUGUUCUGGUGGUGCCCCUCCCACCACGUCGAGCUGGUGCCUGUUUCAAAUGGUCCCCAAUCGAUGCUGCGACCAGUUCCUCUGUUGCUGUCGGGAAGUUAGUGUGAACAGACUCUGCAAAAAGAAAAAAAACUAAAGAAACUUGAAUCAUAGUAAGUGUAGAAAUUAUCUAGUAUUGUCCAGAAGGAUUCUUCACUUUUUUACAGCUUCAGGCUUUAAAUGAGUCAGUAACAUGACCAAGAAUAAGUAAUAACUUGCAGAGAUAUAAUUCAUUUACCAAGAACAACUGUGAAGAAAGCAGUUUUCUUUAAGCUUUUUUUCCCCUGGCGUCCUCCACCCAGGAGGUUGUACUUCCUCUGCACGUCAUUGUGUAAAAUUCUGAAAUGGAUAUCAAGACAAAUAAAUCUCUUAAGGUGCAUUCACACCGGACAGGCGACGCAACUUGUCACGUCUCGAGGGGCCGUUGCGUUGCAUGUCCUUAAACGUGUCACUUUGCCACCGUCAUAGACUGUAUAUACUAUGGACAACCUGGUUCCGCCUUCCGCCUGUAUACGGAUUUGAAGCCAAAAAGCUCUCGGUAAUUCCUGGUUUUUCUCCACUUUCUUGAAACCAGAGCUGCGCAGUAGCGAUGCGCACAUUCGGCCGCGCAGUCGCUGAGAGUCCCUGUGAUGACGCUCGGCUCAAACAGCAUAUCCCCCCGGGUGAGCUACGCAAUCCCUGAACGCCCAUAGGCUGUACCAGGUGUCAAUCAUAGAAAACAUGAACCCCCUAAUAACUUUUAAAAAUGGAGCUGUACAGAAAAAAAAGGACUAGGGCACAAACCAGUCUUGCAGUAACUAUAUGUCAACAUCACAAGCAGGAGGAAGAAAAAUUUAUGUUCUGUGUAAUAAAUUUCUAAAGUUUGUCCACAGUCCCAUAAGCUUUGCUGGCGGAGGAGGGAUUUAUGACCUGUACUGCAGCCCACCAUCAGAGGGUGCUGUUCUCGGAGUGGCUUCACCCAGCGAGGAGGCAGACUCGGUCCAUUCUUUAUACAGUCUAUGGCCACCGUCAUUUGCGAUGCGCAUUACGUUACACCCACUCUAGGUUUUCCCUUCGAUCUUGUCGGAUACCGUGUCCAGCGCUGCUCUUUACUUGCUAAACAAGUCCCUAAAACAUCAGAGAAACCCUUGCCAACGUUGCACAAGUGCCUGUGUGAACGCACCUUAAUACUGCUUACUCUUGCAAUUCACUAGAAAGACUUGAUAAACACCAACAUUACAUGAUUAUAUUAAUAACAUUGACCAUUAUAUUGUCUUGCAUUCAUUUUCAAGUAUUCAUAUUCCGUCCAGGAUCCUGCGUGUGCAGGUCUUAAUGUCCUUCCCCCCCAAGGUGUGACAGUUGUUUUAUCUGUUUGAUGUAAUCAAAUUAUCAAGAGUGUCUAAUGUAUAGAUUUCUAUGAUUUUUAGCAUCUCUAUUUGACUUACCAGUGAACGUUUUAUGUUGGGGUGCCUGUCGAUUUCCAACGACAUGCGCUGACCCUCCUCAAAAGUCCUUAACGGCAACUGACGUAUCUGCUCACCCUCAUCUUCAAUUUUUCAAUUCAUCGCGGAUUUCCAAAAGUGUUUCCACAACCACCCGCUGGAACUCUUAGUGAAAAGAUAUGAUUUAGUUACAUUCAAUUCAAUAAUUACAAUACAUAACAUAACAACAUUUUGUACUUUAGUUAUGCCACUCUUACUUUUUUACUGUCCACAAAACACGGAGUGUGCAAUAGUGUGCGGACAUCUUUGGGCAAAUUGUGGCCAUGUUUGCGGAGGAUCGCCAACAUCUUAUUAACACUACUGUGAGUCUGCUUUGUUUCUACAGCCCAAGCUGCCACAUCCUCUCUUAGGCUUGACAGUUCAUCUUCGGUUUGGGAGUCCAAGUCAACAAGCUCGGUUUCUUCAUCACUUGUGUCUGGAUAUUCACUAUAACCGUAGUCCUCUUGAUUAUCAGGCUCUUCUUCCAAGGUUGUAUUGAAAGAAGUACUUCCUAAAGUGUCGUCUGUUAACUGGCCAGAUUGACUUGCCAUACCCUCUAGUGUGUCCUCCAAAUGCUGUGCUUCAAAAGAUGUUGUCUCAUUUGGUGGUUGGCCAGAUUGACUUGCCCCACCCUCCUCUUGUGUGUCCUCCAUCGACACAUCCUCAUCACUGGUAUAUUCAUCUAAGAAAUCACCCUCCCAAGCUCUUUUUCUCCGCCACUCUUUCAAAUAAUUAGAGGCCAUAUUCAAUAUGGCUGGAAAGAAAACACAUGGAAAAAAGAAAGUAGAAAAAUAAUAAUGUUAAUAACACUGUGAGCUUGUAGAUCAACCAUUAUAAAAAAAAAUAAUUUUUUUUUAGUACAAUUGGCAACUUGUGAAGCAGGACAUAAUGCAUAAUAAAUACCUUUUGCUCUUGGUAGAAAAAAAAAAUAAGUCAAUACCAAUACUUUUAGAUUUUUACUAUUAGCAUUUCCUAUAGUACUGCUAAUGCAUUAACAAAAUAAUAUUGGAAUAAUUCAACUAAUGCGUCCCAUUUCUACCACACAUAGUGAAAAAACCAUCUAUGACAAUUACAGUUAAACACAAAUUUAACUAUAUAAAAAAAAUAACACUGGAUAAACAAAAACAACAGUCCUGGCAUCAAAGUAGACUUCAUCUUCUGAUUUAAAUGGAUAGCCUAACUAGCAGCUUUUAACCUUGGCUCCAACAGAGAGAGCAGGCCCUUAUUUACUUUCACGACAACACACGUUAGCAUGGACUAUUUGAUGCUGUUGGGCCCACGCUGGCUAAACUAGCCACAAGCUAGCCCUCGUAGUAGCAACCAGGCUACAUGCGAACUUGAGUUUAACAUUUGCCGUGAAUGCAUUUCACCAUCACACAUCAUGAUGCACGACGGUGGGAGGACCAAAGCUUGCAAAAAUAAACAUUUUCUAUAAUAUCUACUUCAGCACCCACCUCUUUUUCAGCUGAACUCUUGAACUCUGGAACGACUGGAACUUCUGGUGUAGUCCGACGGUCGUGAGGUCGAGUGUGGACAAAGCGCAAUGCUUCAGCCGGAUGUUGUGUGGUCCACAAUUUGAAGCCGUUUUCAUGUUAUGGUCAGAUUAUGGUACGAUCUCCAUACGGGUGUAAAGCUGGUCUCUUGCAGAGCUACCAAAUACUUUUUUGUCGCUCAUCUCGUGUUCUUGCGACUAUGCCAAUAACUUUUAUCACAGACUACUUCGCUCUUGGUGGAAUAAGAAUGUACCCGAAGUGGUUGCAUGGUGGGUCACGUGAGCGUGCUCCACCAAUAAGGUGGCUGGAUUAUUGUCACGGCGGCAGCCGGCAUUACCAAAACGGAUAAAACACAUGAAAUCUAAUAAUUAAAUGGAAUUUCAGCGACCAGCUUUGUUGUCGAGUGCUCAGCAGGACCAAGGCUUUAAGAUCCAGAGUUUUUUUUUUUUUUUUUUGCCAUAUAUGCGUUUUGACCGGAUAAGGCAACAACACUGGUCACGCUCCGGAGUAUGAUUGUAGUCCCAUAGAUUGAGAUCAGUUCUGCAACGUUCAGUUAUCAUUUUAAAUAAUCAACUCUUGAAUGGUGGAUUAAAAUCGAUUGUCUAGAUUCAGUCUAUAUGUAGACGUUGAAAUGAAUUAUAAAUUUUUACUUCUAAAUCACGUCUAAAAAUAGACCGAAUCCCAACGUUGAAAUGAAGUAUAAAUUAAUACGUGUAAAUGACGUCUACAUCUAUACUAUGUUGCAUAUCUCUCCACGAUAUAAGUAAUGUAAUCCAGUAUUUAGAGGUCAUUCAUGCACAUUACAGUUGUUUAUUGCAUAAAAAGUUAUUGAAAAAUGAAGUUAAGGGCGAAGUAUAAAUCACGUCUAAAAAUAGACUGAAUCCCGACGUUGAAAUGAAGUAUAAAUUUAGACUAGACGUCUAAUAUACGUCUUUUGCUCAGUGGGUAGUAGAGAGCUCUGUGAAAUUAGAGAUCUUUGAUACCUAAAAGGCCUUUGUCCUGCCAAAUACAAAAUGUCAGCUCGGAGGUAGAGGGUGCAACUAGGUGUUUUUUUUUUAAAACAGGGGCUUAAGAGAAGAGUGAUUCAAACCGAAGUGUUUACGGAAUUGUGUCCAGAUUCUAAUUAUAUCAGUGACAACUGGGUUCAUGGAGAUAGCAUGAAUCUUCAGUGGCAGUUGGCCAGUAACAAUGGAGAUAAGAGAAAAUUUCAAUUGCAGCAUCUCCAUUUGAUCCAAUGAGGGGCAAGUGUUUGUCUCUGCCUUUGUCCAGAAACAUAUUUUAUCAAUAUUAUAUGCCCAGUAGUACUGAAUAAAGUUGGGCAAAGCUAGACCGGCAAAUUUCUUAGGGAGCUGUAAAAUGGCUUUCUUGAUUCGUGGGGGUUUAUUCACCCACAAGAAAGCUGACACCAUCUGAUAGAGCUGGUGAAACAAAGACUUUUUCAUAUAGAUUGGUAGAUGUUGAAAAAGAUACAAGAAUUUGUGGAGGAUCACCAUUUUCAUAGCCAUUUAAUUGCUCAAGUAUUUUUAGCACCCUGGAGAAUGGGGUUCAUCUGGAAACCACAGCCGGCUGCAGGCUGGUCCCUUCUAGUUCUGGCAGCCAUGGCAGCCUCUAUUUGCCUCAGUCAUGUUGGUGAUCUCUGGUUGGCUUAUUGUCCUUCAGAGCUGCUCUGAGGUUUUUGACACGCACACACACACACACACACACACACGCAAUUGUUUAUGUCAAGCUUAUUUCAAGCUAACCCUGAGUACAAAGAGGAGGCAGUAAAUCUUCACUGUUUAGUCAGGCUGGGAUGAAUGGAUGGGUGUGGAUCCUCAGUGAGUGCAUUCAGUGACACUCAGCAGCUCAUUGUUCCUGUUGAUCCCAACCCCCAGCUGUCAGAUUAACCCUCCACUUGCUGUUGUCUGGCUCCUCUCAGAUAACACUUAGCACCUCGCGGCUGUUCUUCCACUAAGUGUGACUUUGUUGGCGUUCUUGGCGUUCCUAGCAGCUCUAGUACAGAGCUCUAUCCUGGAGCUGCUGUUGGUCUAAGGAUGGCCCUGUUGUCUCUCCAUCAGGAACCUCUUUGAAAACAAUCCCCUCAAAUUCCUGCUGACACUCGAGCCACUGCAGCUUCACUUCACCUGCGUUCAGAGCUGAGAGGUCAGAGGUCACGGCUGGUGGUCCACACACAGAGCAAAUAUUCCCUCCAAUAACUUACUGGAGAGUUUGAUCCUUCAGGGUGCAAACCAAAUCUUAAAUGACUGCAGAUAGGUGGCAGUGGGGUGACGUCUAAGAUUAUUACUGCUGAAGUUUUAGCCUGCUCAGGUACUGCUGGGAGAGAACUUAACUUUAACUUAACUAUUUUAAUCUUAACUGUUUAUGUAAAUUCAUGACUAUGUUUGUAAAUUUUCAGCAUUAACCUUGAAAAUUUACAGUUUUUGUUGCAAUUUUCUUUACUCUUUUGUGUUAAUUCAUGCCUGUGAUCUUAAACUUUAAACCCUAAUAACUUUUGUCUUGCAAAUAUUCAAGUUUUUCACAUAUUUUUUUUUUUCAGUAAAUGUGCUAUCUUUAAACUGUCCUCUUUUUAAUCAUUGAAACUAAAAAUUUUAACCUAGUAAAAUUAAGUUUGUGCAAAAUGUUCAGCUUUUUCAUGGAAAUGCAGGACUUCAUACUCAAACAUUGAAGUUUUUUUUCUUAUUUUUACUUACAUCUUGUAAAUAAUAAAAUUGUUAAAAUUUGAAUAAUUCAGUGUAAAUGUAUGAUUUCUAUCUCAAAAAAACAAACAAAAAAAAACUUCACAAUGUUUUUCUCAAAUUGUGAAACAUUAAUCUCAAAAUCUUCAUUAGUUCCUUUCCUUAUUGUGGCCUUUAUCCUUUGAUGUAGUAUUAAACAUGUUAGACAUUUUUUUAUUGUCGGAAUCUGAAAUCGAUUAUGUAUGUUGAUGUUUGUGUUUCUCAAACUGAACAGAAAACAAAACCAAGAGUCAGGUUUAUUUUCCUUGGUAUGUCAGUAACUGAAAUGUAUCCUAAAACAAACCAAUUCAAAACUCUUCAGCUCACCCACUCAGAGGGCUGAAAUGCCUCUGUCUGAUGAAGACACAAAUGUAGAGCUCUGUCAGUACAGUCUGACUCCACUGCACAUCCUACAUGUUUCGCUCUGUUAAGCUUCCCACCAGCGAGUCAUUUACUUCCUGUUUGUCCAGCUGUCUCCAUGACAGACUCACAGUAACACCCAACACGUGGCUCACCCAGCACCAGAGGUCAGAGGUCAAACUGUCGACUACUAAUGUCUCACCAGAGACCUUGAGCGCUUAAAUAAAUCUAGACAGCUGACACACAAACACAUUGUACACUGAGAGGGUUUUUGGCUCAAAUUCCAGCACAGCCCACAGUCUGUCAUCUGGGUCAGCGAUGGACACGCUAGAGAUCAGCCUGAAGUCAGCUGUCAGUUAAAUGUUUCAAAACUUGCAUUUUUGCUGUGGUGCCACCUUCAGACACAAAUACACAUUACAAAGUCAUUACCUGGCUUUAUUACAUAUCACCUGGCUGUUUGAAAUACUUAAUUCUGAUUGGUCAAAACCCUGUAUCAAGGAAAAUUAAUUUUGAAUAACAAUUAUGCAAGCUGAUCACAAGCCACUCAUAUGAAAUCCAUCUACAAAUAAGAGUUUGGCAUAGAGGGCAUAGAGGACACAGAGGACACGCAGACUUGUCCAGGUCGAGCUGCACGAGAAAUAAGAGGAAGAGGAAGAAAGAAAAGGAGGGAGACGAACUACAUAUCUUGUUACUUCAUCAUGUUUGUCUAUUUACUAGAUCUUUAAUUUAAUUUAAUGCGGUUUCAGCUGUGUUGAUUCGGUCAGGUUGUGUGUCCAAACGCGUGCCAAACGCGCUCAUCAGAUAAGAUAGAGAUCAGAAUAUAUCUAUAUAGAUCUAAAUGUAUGUGCUGACUCAGAUUAAUAGUUGUUGAUGAUUAUUUAUUGCACUGAAAUGUGCCUGAAACUGUGGACACCUGCCGGUGAGGUAUCGGUGACGUAUGUCGAUACGCCUGCCAAAAUACCACUAGACCAGCUGCGCUCUGCCUGUGCUGAAAGCUGACCAGGUUUGAAUCGGCGAGCUUUUAGCGUACUUUAUACGCCACCAGUGAGCAUGAAAAUGUCACUGCGCCAGCUGAUUCUGUCGACACCUCCCUCUGCCAUGCCACCACGCCCAGCUUGGCGGACCUCGGUGUCCCUCAGUCCACGAAAAUACCAAACUGGCUGUACGCCGGGCUCCGCCAAACGAAAAUACCACUGCGCAGGGUCCACCACCCUCCGCCGCCUCACCGGCGGACACGAAAAUAGAGACCUCAGUUUUCACCUCAAUCUCGUUGGGACUCUUUUCCCUAUGACCACAGACUGUGUAUUGUUCUACACUCACAGUGGGUCAUUUCAGAAAGUCAUGCAGGAAAAAAGGAACAGGUCACUGUAGAAACAGAUCAUCGGAGGAAAAAGGUCCAGUUUUAACAAGUCUCAAACUAGUCUGGAGGAAUAAUAUUCACUAAAGAUGAGCCCCAUCUUUUUACCAUCUUAGCCCUCAGCAGUAAGCUUGACUGUUUUUAGAUACCUGCACUGAGAAGUUCCUAUGGUGUUUGUGGGAAGACUUUGAGUUACACAGACGUUGUGAAUCAAUUUAAAUGUAAUUAUUAUUUUUUUAUUUCCAAUGUGUAAACAGACUGUCUGUGACUUGUAAAAAAUGAGUGUGUGUGUGUGUGUGUGUGUGUGUGCGUGUGUGUGUGUGUGUGUGUGUGUGUGUGUGUGUGUGUGUGUGUGUGUGUGUGUGUGUGCGCGUGUGUGUGUGUGUGUCAGUGGCGGCUGGUGAGAAAAAUACUAGGUGGGGCUGAAGGUUUGGAAAACAGAGCCCUGUAGGGGGGUCCGGGGGUAUCCUCCCCCGGGAUGUUUUUUUAAUUUUCAAAAGGUAAAUGAAGCAUUCUGGUGCUUUCUAAGAAAAUAAUUCAGGAAACAUACAAUGUUGACCUACAAAGACAAAUGGGGUGAGGAUACUAUAUUUCAACUUAUUAACAGGGUAUUAUAGCCGACACACAGCCUACCUACAUUUAAUGUAAUCCUAUGAUAUAGAGACUGACAGUAGCAUACUCUUACUCGUGUACAUUAACCUGCAUCUCAACAGGUUAGGCUACAGCAAAGGAGCACACAAAGGCAACUGCAGAAAAGUAGUGAGGAGCAGACCCACAUUUAUGACAAAUCAGGCUGCAUAUCGAAGUGAUCAGCCAUGGAAAACAACAUUAACAUUUGCUUUAAAUACAGAUGGUUUUAUUACAUUUGAUAUUUCAGUUGAACUGAAUUGAAACUGGGUGAACAAAUACAGGGUUCCCAAUCUUUUAUCGAAAUCAUUUUACAGGACCUUUUCAUCCUGCCUUAAAAGUUAUUGAUUUCUAACAUUGUGGCAUGAACAUUGUCUGUUAGCUUUCUUUUUAGUCUGGCUUUUAUGUAGUGUCUCACUAUAAUAUAUUUAUGGUUUAUAUUAGGUUUUAAUCUUUAUAUACUCUACUUUUCUACAAACAGAUUCUGCUGAUUGACUGUUUCAGUAGUUGAAAUUUUAUUUUGCCAGCUUUAUAAUUUCUUUUUGUCACAAUUAAUUUACACAGAAAACAAAAUAGGGUCUUACUCUUUGGACUUCCAGUUAGCCAUGCUUUGCCCCUAUACCAUGCUCUUGAAAAUGUCCACGUAUAUUGUCUGCUCUUGCUGAGCGGCGACAUCUGAUUGAUCCAGACCAAGCUCUUCCAGCUUAAGUUAGUCCUGCAGAGUUCUCCUCCCAAAUGGGACCUACUUGAUGGACAGCACAGCUUUCUCCGGUAAAUCACUUGGUAGUGGGUUUGUGGUAGCCAUUCCCACAUCCUCUGUCAUUAGCAGCCAAGUGCAGAGUGAGGGGCAGACCAGCUCCGAUUUGAGCAGCUAGCUACGUCAGACGCACAUUGUAGCUAUACGUCCAUUUGUGGCCAAUCUGGUUAUGAACGUGCUUAUGUCACUCAAAUUUGGGACGCUUGUGCGCUUGUCCCUGGUGCCCCUUAAGGAUUUUUUUUAUUUGGCUAGGAUAAGCUAACUUUUCAAUGCAGAACUGUGAUCUGGGCAUGUGUGAGGGAGCAGAAAGCCUGGGCGCUGGCCCGUAGCACCCCUAACACUAAUGCACAACUGUGAUCUGAGCAUGCAUGAGACAACAAACGUUCCGAGUCCGCCCCAGCAGUGGGUGGAGAGAUCGCUAAUGGACUGAAACACACAUGAUUAAUAUAAUAGCGCCAUUUCCUUACUUUGACAAUAAUUUUUAGGGAGACAGCAGACAUCUCUUUUUGCUCAUGCAGCUCAGGCGGGGCCCUUAUACCGGCUUAUACCGGGCACGACUGGUCUAUGUAUGUGUGUGUGUGUGUGUGUGUGUGUGUGUGUGUGUGUGUGUGUGUGCGCACACCCCUCUGGUGUCUGUUAAAACCACUGAGUGUAUUUAAACUGUGUGCUUCAACCUGAACAAAUGAAGCCACAUUGCACUUCAGUCCAGAUGUGAAGUCCAGAUGUGAUUUGGACCCCUUCUUCUUCUUCCUUGUCAUUGUCCAACUAGUGUAUUUCAUGAUGCCACACUGACUACAGAAUACCAAUGUCACAAGUUUGUCCAAUGUGAGCUACUGUAGAAACAUAGAGGUGGAAGGUAGCAGCCUCUGUGAAAGGGGACUUGCUCAUGAAUACAGACCAAAGACUCUUUCUGACUUACAAGAACAGAGUGAUUCAGGGCAAACCAGGGGUUAAAACAUUGCUUUAUCAUUAUCAGGACACAUUUCUUAGCUGUGGCCGAUUUUCUUCUUUUCUGCAGGAAAUGAGUGCAGCUGUAAUGUGACUAACAGUCGCUGUGACGAGUCAGGAGUCUGCAGGUGAGGACAUUGUCAAUGACAAACUGGUUUAGCUGGAAGUCAUUUAAAGUCAGUAACUCCAGUCAGUUGACAUCACUAAAACGAGGUCCAUGUUUUACUGUCAAUCCAUAAAAUCAAUGAAUAUAUGAAUAUGAACAAACAUGUAACUGUGGCCCUGUAUCCCUGUGUGUCUGCAGAUGUGACCCUGGGUGGGACAGCGAGCAUUGUGACCGCUGUGUGCUGAUGCCCGGCUGCCUGCAUGGGUUCUGUCAGCAGCCGUGGCAGUGUAUCUGUAAACCGGGCUGGGGAGGACGCUUCUGUGACAAAGGUCUGACACCAGCAUGAAGUUUUUAACUGCAGCAGAGGCAGUACUCACACAUCCUUGGACCAAGUCAGCUAAUUUUAACAAAAUAAUUAUUUGUAUUUAUAGACUGUAAAUAAGGUGCAAAUAAACACCUUCUACGAAAACAAAGGUUAUGUUACUUUUUGUUCACAGCAUCAUCCUGAGCUGUUAAUUUGCUUCUGUAAUGACCAACAGUUACACCAGACAUACUAGAAUAAAGGAUUUAAAACCCAGAUUAAACUGGCUUUUUAUGGCAGACAAAGGCCACUAAGCAUUUUACGCUGUGCCAGAGAAAAAUGCAUCAUAUUUACCAUUUUUGAUGCACAGACAUUAAUAAUCCUUCUUUUAUUUGCAGUUCUUUGCUUUUCUGCAUUAUAUUUCAACAGCUCUGAAAAUUUCUAAAGAAUAUGUAUAACUCAGGCCAUGAAACUGACUUCAGGGAUCCAAGUCAGGGACUAUGGUGUUGUUGGAUCUCUGUGUCAUGAGCUGUGUUUUGUUGAAUCCACUUCCUGUUUUAUUUUGAAGAUCCUGUUUUCCCUGUGUUACUGUUACUUUGACUUUCUGUCUUUGUUCUUUUUCCCGCCUUAGUUAAUUACCCCAUUGGCUUCACCUGUGUCUUGUCCUCUUUUCUAUUUAACCCCUUCUCACCAGCUCUUCCCUGCCAGAUUGUUUUCAUCGCUUUUGUACAAGCUCUCUCGCGUUCUUGAUAUUUCUCUGCCCUCCAUGUUCGACCUGUUUUGAUCUCCCUGGACUUCUGAUUCUUGCCUGCCCCAUCGGUUUUGUCGCCUGAUUAUUGCUGCCCUUUUGGUUUUGACCCUGCCGGGUUUGUUCUGGAUUAAAGAGCUUGCCUUUUGGAAACAGAACAUUUGCCUCAUGUCCUCUGCUUUUGGGUCCACACACCCUCGGCCCUUUCCACUCUGGGCUUUUCAUGUUAAAGGUCUUCAUAGAUAAUAAAGAUGUUGUUCAGUGUUUGAGUUUCUUGGGAUGGGAUUUUUUAUUACCAUUACAAGGUCUGGUUUCUAACCAUAGACUGUUUACUAUGGACAACUUGGUUCCGCCUUCCGCCUGUAUACGGAUUUGAAGCCAAAAAGCUCUCUGUAUUUCCGGGAUUUUUCUUCAUUUUCUGAAACCAGCGCUGCGCAGUAGCAAUGCGCGCAUUCGGCCGCGCAGUCGCCAAGAGUCACUGUGACGACGCUCGGCUCAAACAGCGUAUCCUCCCGGGUGAGCUACGCAAUCCCUGAACGCCCAUAGGCUUUAUCAGGUGUCAAUCAUAGAAAACAUGAACCCCCUAAUAACUUUUAAAAACGGAGCUUCAGAGAAAAAAGAGGGCUUGAGCACAAACCAAUCUUACAAUAACUACAUGUCAACAUCACAAGCAGGGGGGAGAAAAAUGUAUGUUCUGUGUAAUAAAUUUCUAAAGUUUGUCCACAGCGCCAUAAGCUUUGCUGGUGGAGGCGGGAUUUAUGACCUUAACUGCAGCCCAUCAACAGAGGGUGCUGUUCUUGGAGUGGCUUCACCCAGCAAGGAGGCAGACUGUCCAUUCUAUAUACAUUCUAUGUUUCUAACACAUACCAGGGUACUAAAAUACCUUUUCAACCAGAAAAUAAGAUAAUUAUCUGGACAUAUCAGAUGGGCUUUUAUAUAUCUUUUAUUCAGUCAAAUAAGACACCUUUCACUAGAAAAAGACAAAAAUUUUGCCUAAUCUGUAACUUUGAGUUUUUGUAUUUUUUCUUUGCAUUUCAAUGCGGCCACAACCUUUUGGAAUAAAUACAGAUGUGUUCGAGGAUUCUUGUGAUUCUAAAGAACUUAAUUAAACUAUUUUUAGGGGUACAUUUGCUCAGUAAAGACAGAAAAGUUAAAUAAAUGCUGUUUAUUUCCAUCAACUCUCCAUGCCAUCCCUGCAUAAUUCAUUGCCAAAGCCGGACCACCAAUAAUACCAAGAAACAAAAAGACUGAGACCCAGUGAAGUUUAAAUCUGCCCCCACUGAAGUUUGAGUUCAUGUUCAUGUGUCUGGUCUCUUGUCCUCUUUCAGAUGUGUUUGUGUGCUCGCAGCAGCAGCCCUGUCAGAAUGGAGCGACCUGUGUGAUGGAGGACAGCGGCGAAUACACAUGUCUAUGCCCUGAAGGUUUCCACGGCAGAGACUGUCAGCUGAAGACAGGACCUUGCCACCAGAGGAGGUCUGCAUAGGUGUUCAUCUUCACCUGUUCUCAUCCAGACUUAAAACAAAAAAGUAAAUCUAGACCAAACUCCAUUAACAUAGACCCAAGGUGAAGACUGGAUCAAACUAAGCCCCAUCCUGAACCUCUUUAAUCAUUCAUAUCAUUCGGGCAUCUCCAAACUAUUCCAUAAAGGGCUGGUGUGGCUGCAGGUUUUUCUUCCAACCAAGCAGCAGAACACCAGACUUGAUUCAUUUCAUUAGCUGAUCUCAGUCUUCAGACAGCUGAUUGGUCAGACUGUAUGCUUUUGAUUGGUUGGAAGAAAAACCUGCGGCCACACCGGCCCUUUGUGGAAUAGUUUGGAGAUGCCUGAUUUGAUUGUUUUCAGUCAGUUCACAAGCUGUCAAAAGUAACCUAUACUUAAAAAUAAAAGCCCAGUUUGACCAUGACGCUACCUAAACACAAGGUAGAAUAGUAUAAAAAUUUAAACAUGACACUGGUUUGCUGAAGCAGUGUCUUCUCCAAAGAAGUUUCUAUCCCUGGGCCAUUGAUGUGGACGAAUCAUAAAAUUGAAUAUUGUCAGAAAUGUUGUCACAGUUGCAGUCUACCAGUAAAAAGAUCCAUAUGGGUCUAACCAGAGCUGAGAAUAAACAAAGUGCAGGUUUUUCUUUAUGUACAAGUGUGCACAGGGAGACAAAUCAGAGUAAUAACAUGUGCAGACAAAAAAAAAGCUGUUAUCCACAUGUGAUGUCAUCACAAACGGACGAAGGAAAGGACCCCUCAUGAGUCUUAAACAUAUUUUGUUGUUCACGUCCUCCUUAUUUCAUUUCCCUACCUCUCUCUCAUCCAUCUCUGGUGGGCAGGACUAAGACACAGGUAAAUGAACAAGCAAGGGAUGCAGGAGUAAAAUUUUAGAGCUUUGAUAUAUGGCCAUAGCUUAAAGAAUACAAAAUGUUUUUUUUUUCUCAUGACAAACUGCAUUAAUUCUGUAAUUUGAUCCAGCAACAUUAUAUUAACAUUUCAAUUUGUCGUGAACCUGAUGAACCAACAACUUCCCACCUGCCUCAGCUGCUCUCACAAGAAGAGGUCCUCUUUGAACUUUUCUCCUUUAUGUGUGUCCUGCUGUCUCUAGGUCUCCGUGUAAAAAUGGCGGUCAGUGUGAGGAUGCAGAUGGAUUUGCCGAGGAGUUGACAUGUCGCUGCCUCAUUGGUUUCACAGGGCUGCGCUGUGAGACAAAUGUGGAUGACUGUUUGAUGAAACCAUGUGCCAGUGGAGCAACUUGUCUGGACGGCGUGAACCGCUUUUCCUGCCUCUGCCCUCCUGGCCUCACUGGACGCUUUUGCACGGUCAACCUGGAUGACUGUGCCAGCCAGCCUUGCCUGAAUGAUGGCCGCUGCUUGGAUCUUGCUGGAGGUUUCCAUUGUGUGUGCAGGCCGGGCUUCAUGGGAGUCACUUGUGAAACAGCGCUUACGAGUCACAGCAACCCUGAACCCAACUGGACAACUGUGGGCUGGGAAGGAGGUGGAGGAGGCGAGGUUAGACCACGGCUGUCUACAGUGGGUAAUAACCAGAGGAGUAGCACCACCAGCAAGAACAACAGCAGUGGUCAUGGCAACAGGCUGCUUAAAGUGACAAUGAGCGAGCGCAGUGCUCCUGGUCUUUCAGAGGUGCAGCUCAUCAUCCUGCUGGUUUUGGCAGGGAUGACACUGGGCGUGGUGGUGCUGACUGCUGCUCUCAUAUUGCAUGGUCACUGCAGGGGUUGUAACCACGCCCCCUGCUGGCGUCUGACAUCAUCAUCAUCACAGCAGGGAGGUAAGAGGAGUGACAGGGAAGCCUGCACAGGUGAGCAGGAAUGUAGGAUUAGCUUCCUCAAAGUUUCAGAACAAGAGAAGAAGAAACUGAACACUGAUGUCAUGUACACUGAAAGGGCGAGCCCUCAAACUAACAGAGAGAGAGAGAGAGACAGACAGACAGACAGACAGACAGAGAGGGAGACAGAGAGGCUGGAGGACAGGCUCUCUCGCCCAACUCCAUAAAGGUCAGAUCAACCUGUUUUUUAUUUUCAGGUCUGAACAGGGUCCAACUCACUGAGAUGAGUUUAAGUCUUGCAUAUGUUCGUAUGAUUAAGAACUGUGACAUCACAACAUGUAUAUUUAGAUUAGUCCCAACACAUGUGACAUUACCUGGUGCCUUCAUCACCCACAGUGCACCUCAUCUGUGGACAGCUGUGCAUAGACUGUAUGAUACACAGAUGUAAGUGUUGUAAAGCCAAAAUAUAUCUGAUUUGGUUAGUGUCAAUUUUGUAAGGAAUAAUACCACUGUGAGUUCAAAUGAACUGGAACAUAGACUCUGUUUAAACCUUUUAAAAUGCAGCCUGUCUUCAUUAUGUCAAAUGUUUUACCUCAAACUGUUGUUUGUUAAUUACACUAUAAGAAAUAAAAUAAAAUAAAAAAAAAAGUAUUUCAUCAUGCAGCUUUGUGAAUGUGAAUUUAAUGUGUUUUUACAUAGUUGUCAUAAUUGUGACUCUACAUUUUUAAACUUAAAUCUUUUAAACAAAUAGAUAAAUGUUGUGAGUAACAAAUCAGAUCUACAGAACCUGGUGGUGAAAUUGACUUGAUGUGGAGAUGUUCAGUUAGGGACUUGUUUUCUUCACCUGUGUUAUUUCUUGUUGUUGUUUUCUGGUGUAAAUGUACUUCCAUAGCUCACAGACAUUCAGUCCUUCAGAGAAUAACCCGUCCUCAGAGAACGUGAGCUCUAAGAAAACAUAUUAUUGUUGUUCUUUUAAAUUUUUAUACCAAGUUUUAUGUGUGGGUGAAUUCACUGCUCAGUGUGCCCCUCACUAUUAUGUAGUAAUAAAACAGAAAGGCUGCGUCCUUCGACAGCUUUAAAGCUAAUUUAUUGCCCUAAUUUAUCAGUGGAUGUGAGUGUGAUGUUCUGUGCUGUGCUGAGAGUCAGAAGUUUUUAUUACAAACUGUGUGCAAUAAAGUUGUGAAUGAUGAGCUCUGAAACCUGUUAGCAGGCGUUUUUGUAAACAGACAGCAGACAUGACAGACUGCAAGAGAAAACCAGCUAUGAGAUAUAUUAUGAAAGAAAAACUGUCAUAUUCAAAGCUAAUCAGUCCCACAUCACGUUUCAAGUAGGAACUGGAACAACAGUUCCCUCAUGUGUAUGUGUCCUUGGAUCUUCAUUUGUAUUUGAUCUGCCAUGUAUAAACUGGUCUCUUUGAUGGCUCAAAAGAUGAACUUUGCUUUCAAAUUUAGAAAUGUUUAUUUAUUUUAAGCCCUGAUCACUGCAUAAAAACAAAUGUAAUUCAACCCUGGGGUAAACUUAUACUCUAUUAGCUUGAUUUAAAACAUACUACCCCUCUUUGAUGGCUAAUUUCUGAAAAACAUAGUGUAAAUGUUCUCCUGGUGUCCCUGUAUUAAAUAAAAAUAAAUAAAUUGA